GUGUACACACAAUUCAAGCAGCUCUUUGAACAAUGGACUUUAACCGAAUUUGAGGCACCCCAGUUGGAUGCCCAGCAGCCAAGCAACAGCAACAGCAACAGCAACAGCAAAUGGUCGCACUUCAAACGACAGUUACGUAACUUUUUCGAGCAAAUACAUGCUUUGGAGCAGAAAUUGGCAACGAUAUUCGUGCAGGCGUACAAAGACUGCCAAAACUGGGAGCAAUUAACAAAGCUAACUGUAAUGCUUGGCAGUGGCAUACUCGAACGUCGCACUAUUCUACCGGAGCUACGUGUCAUUGAUUCGCAUCUACUUCAUAUCUAUAGCGAGGAGCUACACCAGUUGGAAAGCUCGGUACUUGAAACGCUGCUGGAAUUCGAAUAUCGCGGUGUAUCUGCAGUACCUAUACAACAGGGAUUCCCGCCCACUGCCGGUGCUCUAAUGUGGCUGGAACAGCAUAUGCAACGCAUAGACACGUUGGCAUCUCGUGAAGUGCAUCAGUUCAUGAAGAAAAUGCUUCACUCUGCUGACAGCGAUACCGAGGGCAGCGAAGCAAUUAGUAACAACACUAACAGCAACAACAUCCCCAUUAACACAGAAUACAACGCAGGUUAUUGGAGUCGAGGUGUGGCCGCAGAGGAGACCGCUAACAUAGUGGACGCCUACAGACGACUAAACACACGACGCGAUAUUUUAACAACAAAGCUGAGCAAUUUGCAGUUGAAAAUCUGGCACAAUUGGCAGCAGACAAUAGGCAAAAGGAUUGCCAAAGGACUUGACGCACGUGUGAUGUCCCUCGACAGCAAUGGCGAUGGCAAUGGCAAUGGCAAUGGCAACGGCAACGGCAACGGCGGCGGUGCGGGCAGCAGCAGCAAUGAUCAUUUAGGCGGCACAAGAGCAAAUUACACCUUUGGCGCAAAUUUUCGAAGUGCAAUCACCGCAGCGCUGACACAAUCGCGGAAAGCGAACAACAACAACAACUACAGUGAUUGCAGCAAACAAAGCCACAACAACAACAACAGCAACACCAAAGACGAACUAAUGACGAAAAAAGCAAAAGCAAAAGCAAAAUCACUGCAAAUGAAUUUCUCGCCGGAUUUAUUUGGACUUUUACAAGAGGCCAAGUAUUUGCUGGCAAUGCAGCUGGCAGGCAAUGUGCGACGUGGCAGUAACUGCGGCAUCACCGACAUUAAUGUCAACAAUCUAACUGCGAAUAAUGCUGGCGGCGUCAUGCCAAUCACGCAGUCCCAACCAGUGUCAGAUAGGCGUUUGGUGGCUGAAGCUGGAGCUGGAGCUGGAGCUGAAGCAGUUGCAGCAGCAGCAGCAGAUGCAUUAGUUGCUCAGCAACAACAAAGGCUAUAUGCUUUGGAUAAUAUUUUACUGGACUUGUAUGCCGAAAGGGAUGCGUUUUGGCAACGCAAAGUGAAACUCAUCAAGAUCGGUGAAUUUUACAAUGGCAUUCGCGGUCUAGCUGCUGAUGAGGACUGUGAAGCUGGUAUCAUUGGCAGCGCUGCAGAAUUGCAACUUAUACGUCAUGAAGUGGACGCAAUCGACGAACGUGUAGAGACCGCAAGUGCUACACUCACAUGGCGAACAUAUGAUACGGCUUUGAUGAAUGAAAUCUAUGAAUGUUCACGACAACUCUACAAUCGCCUCCAGCAAACGCAACACAACUUGUUGUCAAUUGUGCAGAGCAUACGCCGCUGGAGUCGUGAACCGCUUCACCAACGUAAUGCCUAUGGGCGUAACUUACUCGACGUGCAGCAACAACAGGAACGUUUGCGCCAACGACGCAUGCAAUGUGAUGAAACACGACGCCUACUGAAUCGCCUAUUGAUUAUCAAUUUUUGUUUGUUUUUCGACUAUGACCAGCAGGGGUGUGAAGUGGAAGGGCAUGAUGGGCAGUGUAUACAGGAGUUUUUGCGCAAAUUUCCCACAGAUCAACGUCGCAGCUAUAACAAGUAUCUAGCCGAAGUGGAGGCAUUGAUUGAUCGCGAAGUGCGACUAGCUAUAAAAGUCAGGUGAUACAUUUCACUCGUAUUACAUAUCGAAUCAUCUCAUCAAUAUAAAAUCGCAUUCCAUCAUAUCUGUUCAUAACAAAUUCAUAAAUCAUACCAUAUUUCAUCUGGCGCUGAU